AACUUUACCCAUACAUCCAUCCCUGGGAAUCUCACUCUAAUGCCUCGGAUUUUCUCGAGAAAAUGAAUUCUCAGGAAAAUUCUUAGACCAGAGUGUACCAGACAGCGACAAUGUCGGAGGUCCCAAAUGUUUUCAGUAAGAAAGUAGCCGAUCGCUACCUUAAGCGCGAAGUUCUCGGGGAAGGUACCUAUGGAGUCGUUUCCAAAGCCAUUGAUACAAAGACUGGACAGAUAGUUGCAAUUAAGAAAAUUAGGCUGGGGAAGCACAAAGAAGGCGUGAACUUUACAGCUCUUCGGGAAAUUAAACUGCUGAAAGAACUGAAGGAUCCCCAUAUAAUUGAGUUAAUUGAUGCAUUUCCUCACAAGGGGAACUUGCAUCUUGUGUUUGAAUUUAUGGAGACUGACCUUGAAGCAGUUAUUCGUGAUAGGAAUAUAGUCCUUUCGCUUGCUGACAUAAAGUCAUUCCUGCAGAUGACAUUAAAAGGACUUGCUUUUUGCCACAAGAAAUGGGUUUUGCAUAGGGAUAUGAAGCCGAAUAACUUGUUGAUAGGAGAUAAGGGACAGCUUAAACUUGCAGAUUUUGGAUUAGCACGUAUCUUUGGGAGCCCUGACCGCAAGUUUACUCAUCAGGUAUUUGCUCGAUGGUAUAGAGCACCUGAGCUGUUGUUUGGCUCCAAGCAAUAUGGUCCUGGGGUUGAUGUUUGGGCUGCAGCUUGUAUAUUUGCUGAACUUCUCCUCCGCCGACCUUUUCUACAGGGUUCUAGUGACAUUGAUCAAUUAGGAAAGAUAUUUGCGGCUUUUGGAACACCAAAGCCUGCUCAGUGGCCUGAUAUGGUAUACCUUCCCGAUUAUGUUGAAUACCAAUUUGUUCCUGCACCCCCUUUGCGUUCAUUGUUUCCAAUGGCCAGCGAUGAUGCUUUAGAUCUGCUAUCAAAGAUGUUCACAUACGAUCCAAAAGCUAGAAUUUCGGUGCAGCAGGCAUUAGAGCACAGGUACUUCACAUCUGGACCUCUGCCUACAGAACCAGCUAAGCUCCCAAGACCUCACCCUAAGAGAGAAUCUCUCAAUACUAGGGUUUCAGAUUUUAAUCAGCAGGAGGGUCCUACUGUGUUAUCUCCCCCAAGGAAGUCUAGGAGAGUGAUGCCACAACGUGAUGGAUUUGAAGAAAAUGCUCACCAAGUUGAGAAGAGUGAUGAACGUGUAAACGAUAUCAGACAGGCAACUGGUGAGAGAAUGAGCUGGAAUGAACAUGCACCGAUGUCAAUAGAUUUUUCUGUUUUCGGAUCAAGACCCCCACCUAGGCCUACUAUUAACAGUGCUGAUAAAUCACGCCUAAAAAGGAAAUUAGAUCUUGAAUUCCAACAACCUGAUCAGGACUGAUAUGUUAUACCUAUCUAUUCUAAAGUUUGACCAUUAUUGAAGGGAUGCAUUGCUGUUGGACAUGCAUUCAUGAGAUCUUGGUGGAGUGGAAGGUCAUCACCAUGUCAUCAGAUUGAAGUUAUGGUCCUUGAAAAAUUGUAAAAAGAAAAAUUCCUUUUUCACCAUCUCAGAGGAUUUGUUGCAUGCUAUUGCACAUGGAGUUCAAAAUUUUGAAGGCAUUUCUUUUUAUAAUCGAUGCUGGAGAAAAUAGUCCAUUCAUAGGUUUGGGAUAAUAAAAUUCUAACAUUUAUUUUAUAUGUUACUGAGUCUCUACCUGGUCUUUCCCUAAACGCACAGGCCCAAAAAUGUUGUAGGCGGACUGUAACUUUCCUGUUUUUGUCGAACAAACGUGAGGAUCCUAAGACAGAUUACCUUGAAAUGGUGUUUGUUUCUGUUCUAAAAGGUUGGUUUAUUGGAUGAUGGCUGUCAGACCUAUAUUGUCGUGUUUCAGACUAUGACAAAUGAAAUAAUUCUAUGCUUUGAUUGGUGUUUGGGAUUC